GACAAAAUCAAGGAUCUUGGAAUUGACAGAAUUGCACAUGGGGACGUGGAUGAGCUCGCCGAUGGAGCAUAAGAACACUUCGCCGCCAGAUCCGACGCUCUUUGCGGCGACGGAUGCAUUGAAAGCGUUCAUAUCACCCACGAAUGUAUCACUGGACAAGGCAUGUGGGCCUGUGCCAACGAACAAGUGGUGGGGCAAUUUGCUGAGUUGCAAUGCGGCAGGACGCCUCGACCCAGUGUACCCGAGUCCGUAUACUGUUUGCAUUGACAACAUUGCUGCCACCAUUGCAUGUAGCUAUUUGUACGACUGCAUGCACCAGGGCCCCAUCAACGUCAAUGGAGCCAUCAGCUACUACUUCUUUCCACGUUGCUGCCACUUGCUCUUCCACUGCGACGCUCCCGGUGUGCGCUUCUUCGUAGAAGACUGGGACGACCUGACUGUUCAAGUGGCGCUGACAGACGGAAAGACUCAGUUCCUUCGAUCGGUCAUGGCUUUGGGACAGGCGUUCAUGACGAUUCAGCACAGCAACGUUCCCAUCUGCCUGUCGUCUGAAUGUGCGAUCGUGUCAGUGAACGGACAGCUAAUUGCCGAAGGAUUCGUGUACAAGGGCCGCUCCGACGCUGGCAAACUUGUCCUGGGCCUCAACAAUGGUCAACGGUGGCUUCUCUGCUGGAGCAGUUGCGCAAGCGAUGCAUUGACGUUUACUUUUACCAACCAAACGCUCAAGUCAAGCGCAGCUUUCAAUGGCAUUGUUCAAGCUGCCAUCGUCCCAUCUGACGAAGCGCUGACCGUGCUUGAGCAAUAUGCAGGCGGAUAUGUGCAUCGAGGCCAAGUAACUCUGGAUUCAGUUCAUGGGUUCCAUUACAAGUGGGUGAUCCAACCGCCGACAGCGAAAUCGGCUCUCCACUUCGUCUUGGAGCACCACAAGACCCUCUUGACCUUCCACACGCAAGCUGUCAACUUGAUGGUGCACUCGCACACGCGGGGACCGAUGCACGCAUACACGAUUGAGCAUGGUACCUCAUGGAACUUUGCGUUUUCGCCGGACGAAGAAGAAAAGGUGGCUGCGUGUGCUCAGUUCGACCCCCCGCGAGAUCCCUCGGUCCAAGACGUGAUCGACAAUCGAGUCGUGGACAUCCUGCGGGCAGAAGUCGACGCGGCGACGUGGGUGAUGCCGCCAGGGUACUACUUUAGAGGCAAGGCCCUCCAGAAAUACGGGUCGAUGUGUCUUCUGGCCGCCAAGCUGGCCCAGUUCAAGGAGUUGGAGCCGCUAGGAAUUGGCUCGAUUGCAUCGACCGCCCUGACAAAGUUCAAAGGGCUCCUGGACACCCUGACGACCCCGUCCGUCGAGUUUCCACUCGUGUACGACCAAGUGUACAAGGGCAUUAUCACGAGCGAAGGCUUUGCCAAGCACGACGUGCACGUUGAAUUUGGCAACGCCGUGUACAACGACCACCAUUACCAUUACGGAUACUUUAUCAUGGGUAAGGCGUGCGACGACCUGGAUGGAUCGAUGACGGACUGUGCUCGAAGCGGUUGCCAUUGCGUUUCAUCUGGACGCAUCGUACAUGCAUGCAAACACACGGCUUCUCGAGUGGACAGCGACGCUCGUGCGCGACGUGAUGAGCGCAGACGACGCAUGUUUUCCCCGUUUUCGCACGUUUGACUGGUUUCUCGGCCAUUCCAUGUCGCAUGGCGUGACGUGUAUGGUGGACGGCAAGGACGAAGAAAGCACAUCGGAGGAAAUCAACUGCUUGUACGCGUGCGGACUGUGGGCUCAAGUGACUCAAAAUUCGAGCCUGCGCGACGUGAGCCGCGUCAUGCUGAAACUGGCAUCGUUGGCCCAUCGCACGUACUUUUUUAUGUCCCACUCGAACGUGACGCAUCCGCCAGCGUUCCGUCCAAACAAGGUGUCUGGCAUUCUGUUUGAGAACAAGUGCGACUACACGACAUGGUUCAGCGCAAAUCGGGAAUGCAUCCAUGGCAUUCAAAUGCUGCCUGUGUCGCCAGUGCUCGAGUACUCGCGGCCCAGCUUCUUCGUGGUCGAAGAAUGGAACGAAGUGCUGUCGAAAUUGGACCUGCCCUCCACGAAUGCGUGGACGUCGCUGCUCGUGGCCAACUCUAGUGUCAUGUCGGCCCGGGAUGCUUGCAAGAAACUCCAAGACUGCGCGAUGGACGACGGGCUCAGCCGCGCGUACGCAUUGUACUUUAGCCUCACGCGUCCGUCGCACUAGGCGUCGCAUGUCUUUACAAUAUCAUCGCUUGACAGCGCCGUUUUAGUCGCGGACGGCGCGAGAUACCUUUCCAAACACCCGGGGAAACGCGCCGUCGCAAUUGUACUUGGUCCGCAUCUUGUUGUACAACGAAUGGUCAAACAUCGACUCAAACUCGUCUUCUGUC